UGCAUAAAUAAUUUCAUUUUUACUUAUAUUAUAUUAAUCAAUUUUUCUUAAACAAAGGGUGAACUGCGUAGGUAAAUUUUCAAGCACGAGGGACCCGAUAUAAAGUCUUUAAUCUCUUCGAUUAAACAACUCCACGUGAACUCACGUAAACCUUAAAGCCCGGCAUAAGUUUUAUCCUUAUCGACCCGCGUGCAAAUGCGUGUGACACUAAUCCAUAUAAAUAAAACCCAAUGACGUGCAAAGCAAUAUUUCGGAUCUCAGAACCGGGAUCAAUCCUGAGGACGGCCGUUUUUUUCUUUCUUCAGGACGUCAGAAAUUUCCGGGAAAUUCCAUGAAUUGCCUUUGACGGCGAAGAAACCCCAGGAGCAACCCCCCUAUCUUGAUACUGAAGGCUUCGGACAUUUUAGAAAGCAGACUCCGGCUUUCUGGUCCUGACAAAUUUGAAUAAAUAUAAAACUAAUAAAUGUAAUAUAAAAAUAAUGAAUAAUAAAUAUUUAAAAAGAAUAUAAUAAAUACACAAAUCGAGUGGAAUUUCGAGCGAACGCGACGCAAUCGAUAAACCAUCCGCAAGAAUACAAGAAAAAUCUUGUAUCUUUUCUACAAGAAUUCGAUGAAAACCAAGUUAUACGACGUUAAUAGGUAUUGUCCGUCUCAUUUAUCUAUAACGAGAAUCGAACGAUCGCGUCAUUGUGCCGAAAGCCGAUAGUGCCGUAGACGAAGUUAGAAACACGUAAUUGUCCGCCACUUUACUUCCUGCAAUAACCUACAUUGAAAUUGAAGGUACUCUAUGAAGUCGUUGCACCAUGAAAAAUUCAAAUCGCGAAAUGCUCAAUUCAAUUAACAUUCUUGUUGCAAACAAGAGACGGAGGAGCUUGGAAAAAAAAGCUAAAUAAAACACAAUUAAUAUUUCCUACCUGUGCUCUAAUAAAAAAGAGAUUGCUACAAUCUACGAAUACGAUAAAAGAAAAUGUUAGAUUCAUUCCUGAUAGUAUUGAUCUCGCCUAUUUCCACUGCCAUUUACAGGCCAUGUGUACGUGCCCUUAGUUUGCCAAAGGAUAAAAUAGACUGCGAAACAACAUCACACACAACCCCUGGAUGACAUAAAAAAUUAUAUUCUUUCAUCAUUCGACCGAAUGUACGUCGCAAAAGAAUGAAGAAAAAAGUCGUUUAAUCGAUACGUCGCUUCAGGGUGAUCAAGAUAAAUGGCGCUGGUUGCACAAUGCGUACAAAAGAGCCUCACCUCGAACGGAAGCAUUCCAGCGCAUACUAACCUCCCCCCCCCGGGAAUCUCCGUGACAGAAAUCAUCUCUCGGGGGUGACUCUCCGCGAGGAUCUUUCGGGGGGCGCGCGCACAAAGAAAGCUCGACUCGAACGAUUCCAAGACGGUACGGAGGACAAAUACCCUGCGAAUUGCCUGUAGAUCGUUCCGUCUCUUCGACGUCCGACGUCUGACGACGGGCAGCAGGCACGCCGAGGACGACGGCGGCGACGACGACGACGACGACGACAACGACGACGACGACGGCGACGACGUCGCUUAAGAGCCUCCAGCACGAAACCAGCACUGCCGUUUGUUCUCCGAGAUGGCGGACGAAAAGGAGAAGCAGACGCUCUUGCAGAAGCUGCUGUUCUACACGACCGCGUUCUUCAUCCUCCUCAGCACCUUCAGCCUCUUCGCCUUCCUCUUCUUGGUCCCCUUCGUUAUCGACCCCGCCUUCACCACCAUCUUCAUGGAGUUCGACACUCGACCCGCCGAGUGUGUUACCAUCGACGUUGAGUCCAGAAGAGGUACGAGCAAUUGCUCAUGGACAUCCUGUAGAGAGGGUUGCACUAAGGAACUGUACGAUUGCACGCAAAUACGCGUCAACUAUAAGCUACCGGUUAACACGACCGAAGGGUCGGAUGGGGAAGGCGGAGCGGUAGGAAGUGUCGAGGACGACGAAGAGAGCAAGCGGAUGCCUCGUUACGAGCGUUCCUUAGGCGAGUACAUCGAAGACCUCGACGCGACCUUUGCCGUGGAGGAUGAGAACGGACUGCCGAAAACUUUCCCUACAGGUCUCAUGGGCAACGACUCCGAAUGGUACUUCACCGGGGCCAAGCUGUUCCCCAACGUAAAAGGCUGUGGAUACCCUCCAAUGCUGAAUUGCAGUAUUUUCUACCGGCAGUACGCCAACAUAGGGCAGAACUUUAGCUGUUACUACUCGAAAGUGGAUCCCGGGAUAGUCAUCAGCGACCUCGACAUGUGGCAGGUGUACAUGAACCUUGUGUACGCGAUGGCAAUUCCGAUACCGUCUUUCAUAAUCUCGGUGAUAUACCUCACUAUCGCCUACUUCAAGAUCUACAACGAAGACGAGGAGGUCCUCGUAGGUGGCGAAGAGGGUGAGGAGGGGGAGGAAGGGGAAGGCGACGGUACACCCCUGCCACCCACUAGCGGUGCAUUGACGCCCGGAAGUGAAGCCUUCAGGGAGGAUUUAGCGAGCUUCGGACACCAACUCAAGGUCGCCAUGGCCGACGACAUCAGCAGGGAAAGUCUUGACGGGAUUCCUAACUCGCUCUCCGUUCAGGGAAACUUGAGCAAGACGAUGACGACGAGUAUCUCAACUCCCCCUGGGCCGACGGCAGCAGUCUGAAGCGACAUUUUCAGGGUCUGAAUAAUAUCUCGUGGAGACCACACUAGGCGAUCGCAUCGCCGUCCGCAAAGAGGCGAGGGCUUUACAGCGGCCGAAGGAGCUUUCUCGACCGAGAAACGAGCCAAGUUAUCUCUCUGUCUCAGGAUCGAUUAAAAAUCCACCCUCGCGAUUCACGGAGUGAACCAGAGGCGCACUCGGUGCUCUCCCCGAGCGACUCGGGGGAACCCCCUUCGACGAAUCUGCCAUUUCUCUAUCGUAAAUCUGUCCCCGUUACUAAGCGCCGACUAUACUUGCGGGUGUCACGACGACAUUUCGCGACAUACUUUUUCCUACUCGAUAAUAGCUCAAUGAUUGCGAAGUCGUGCGUUACCGGUAACUCUGUCGCGGCUCGCGCCGGUGGGGCCCGACGCGGUCCCCCCCGAACGGCGGUAUCCUCAGCGCGAUUGCUCGUAUGCGCCAGAAAAGUUGUUCGUUUCUUGCAAUGUUUAAACAUUUGGCGCGCGGCGGCCGUUGUCCCGCGCGCCAGAUUCAUUUACCUCGCACGAUGCCUUCUUCGUAGCUUGUCUAAGUGCCGAUUCGCGAGCCGAAAUCAAUUACGCGAAUCUCGUGCCUGUAUAACGCAUCUCCGUAAAACACGAAGAAUCUGUCCUCACUGUCGUAUACGCAGCGCGUUCACGGGUACACCGUAUAUUUUUAAACGAUUUUCCACGAUGUAUCCGCGGGCCGGCUAGGCGAACGUUCUGCGCAGAGAGAGAGAGGAGACAAAUCGGCCGCUCCCGGCAACGGCGCGGGUCCUCAACUCGACUCCGCGCCAUUCUCGAAUCGUGUGAAUGCACAAUAAUUUACGUGUAAUAUAAAUGACAAGUUUAACGGCGGAUUGUAAAUCCGCCCGCGCGGGUCAUCAAUUUUCCGAAACGCGCGCUUCCGUCUGCGCAGCGGCUCACGUCGCGUACCGCGAAGGAGCUCGUUUUUACACAAGAACCGCGAUAGGAAAGUGUUUCAAAUAUUGUGUAAUAAUUGCGUCGUCCAAGGGGGAGAAAAUUUCACAAUGAUUAACGGGUUCUCUCCGUUUCUGCGUACGCUGUUCGAAAUAUGCGCGCGUAAUUCCGGCGCUCCAAGUUUCACCCAGAUUUCGUUACAUAAUUUCUAAAAUAUUUCCCUACCGGCGAAACGACCGUCGUUAUCGUUUUCACGUAAACGAUAAAUUUCCCCUCAUCGCAUCGAACGCCCGCUAGUGGAAUCUCGAAGUUUACCGCUGGACUCGCGCCGUUCCCGGAACUGGGCCGACGCGAACUUGCAACGAAGCGCAUACACCGAGCAUACGUUCCCUCUGGUUCACUCAACGAUACCGAACGGACGUCCAUCCGGAGAACGCAGAGGAGGGGAGGAGCACGUGGCGCGAGGUUCUAACUCGCGGCGCCACGCGCUGUCUGUACAUUAGGGUCACGAGUUAGCGUUACAGAACUUAAAAGAACUUAAUCAAUCUAUGAGCUAAAUACCGUUAAACGUUACGAGUAUUAUCAGGUAAAUUCGCUUGCUGUGUGAUCAUGAUGCGUCCACUCGCGUGCAUCGUUAGACACUUUUAUCCGACACACCGACGACAUCACAUCCGUUCCACUUUUAACUGGCGACACGCUUUUGCAAGUAAAUUAAAGUGAAGAAAAAAAAAAUACGCGCGAUUCGCAAAUGUCCACCCCCGCACCCCGUUGCGGCCUCGUCCAUGUACUAUGAUCUCCACACGCACAAAUUCUAACGUUUCUUCAGGUACCCUUCGCGAGAGAGUCUUACGACUGCUACAUACGCGCGUUCAAAUCGAUACCAGUGAAUAAGGCUAAGAAAACUGUGUACAAUGCGAGGAGACGAUGCUUCUCUCGAGACAAAACCCGAGGGUAGGGCCUGUUGUCUUUAGAUGCGCUUCUGCAGCCGAAACUGAGAUAAAUUACGCGCCGUUUCUGCAGAACGAGGUGUCGGAAGCAUAAUUAAAACGGGCAGACCUAGCGUAACCAAAUUGCUCUUCUCGUUACGUAUCGUUUG